AUGGCUGACAACGUGAACGAAGAGGCAGAGUUUAAGAAGAGCAAAGACGAACUGGACUGGGGAUAUGAAGAAGGUGUAGAGUGGGGACUACAUUUCCCAGCAGCCAACGGGGAGUACCAGUCUCCCAUCAACCUGAACUCAAGAGAGGCCCUCUACGACCCGUCUCUGCUGGAUGUGGGCUUGAAUCCAAACUAUGUGGUUUGUCGGGACUGUGAGGUCAUCAACGACGGGCAUACUGUCCGCAUCCUCCUCAAGUCCAAGUCAGUGGUCACCGGAGGCCCUCUCCCCAGCGACCACGAGUACGAGCUUCACGAAGUUCGGUUCCACUGGGGCAAAGAGAACCAGAGAGGCUCAGAGCAUACCGUCAACUUCAAGGCUUUCCCAAUGGAGUUGCACCUGAUCCACUGGAACAGCACGCUCUUCAACAACCUGGAGGACGCUCUGGGCAAGAAGAAUGGGGUCCUCGCCAUAGCCCUGUUUGUUCAGAUUGGAAAGGAACAUCUGGGGCUCAAGGCUAUUACUGAGGUACUGCAGGAUCUACAGUACAAGGGAAAGAGCAAGAUUAUCCCCUGCUUCAACCCCAACACGCUGUUACCAGACCCUCUGCUCCGAGACUAUUGGGUGUACGAUGGCUCAUUAACCACUCCUCCGUGCAGCGAAAGUGUUACAUGGAUCCUCUAUCGAUAUCCUCUAACGAUCUCUCAAAUGCAGAUUGAGGAGUUCCGGAGGUUGCGGUCCCACAGUAAAGGCGCAGAGUUGCUGGAGGGAAACGAUGGAUUAUUGGGAGACAAUUUCAGACCGACGCAGCCCCUCAGCGACAGGACAGUCCGAGCAGCCUUUCAGUGA